CCGCCAGGCCCGAGCUGGUCUGACAGGCUCCGGGCAGGCGGGAAGGGAGAGGCCGCCCGCGGCUGAGGAAUGCGCAGCCCUUAUCUCUGUGGCUCCCCUGCAAUCCUGGGCAGGGAAUAAACUCUUCCAGAGUUUGCCUUUCUCUCUCGCUCUUACUCACCCUCUGCCCUGGGUGGAGCUUGGAGUCUCGGCUGGCUCCGGAGAGGUGCCCGUGAAUCAGGCUGCAGGCACGUCCAGGGGAGCGGAGAGCGCGGAGGAGCGCCCGGAGGAGAGCCCGGAGAGCCCGACCCGCCACCUGCCCCGGCUCCCUGGGAAGCUCUCCCUCCCCUCAUGGCUCGUCGAUCCCAAAGCUCCUCCCAGGGGGACAAUCCCCUGGAUCCCAACUACCUGCCCCCCCACUACAAGGAAUAUUACCGCCUGGCUCUGGAUGUGCUGACUGAGGAGGGGAAGGAAAGUUACCAACGAUUCCUGGCAGACGAAGCAGCCCCGGAUUUUCUCUGCAGCUCAGAGGUGGAGCACAUCCUGCAGAACCUCCAGAAACCUCAGUACGCCCACCAGGAAGGCAGCACAGAACCCACGGGUGACAAUGACAUGGAUGGAUCCUCGGGGACUUACUGGCCCAUGAACUCAGACCUCGCUGUUCCCGAGCUGGACCUGGGCUGGCCGAUGGUCUUUGGGUUCAGGGGCACAGAGGUGACGACCCUGGUGCAGCCACCACCCCCAGACAACCCCAGCAUUAAGGAGGAGGCUCGCAGGAUGAUCCGAGCAGCUCAGCAGGUGGUGGCCAUCGUGAUGGACAUUUUCACCGAUGUGGAUCUGCUCUUUGAGGUCCUGGAUGCUGCUGCUCGCCGGGUCCCUGUCUACAUCCUCCUGGAUGAGAUGAACUCACAGCUCUUCCUCGACACAGCUGCCAAGUGCAGAGUCAACCUCAACUACGUGGAGUUCCUCAGGGUGAGGACAGUUUCUGGCCCAACAUACUACUGCCGCACGGGGAUGUCCUUCAAGGGCCACGUGAAGGAAAAGUUCCUCCUGGUGGACUGCAUGGUGGUGCUGAGUGGCAACUACAGUUUCAUGUGGUCCUUUGAGAAGAUCCACAGGAGCAUUGCUCACAUCUUCCAGGGGGAGCUGGUGUCCAGCUUCGACGAGGAAUUCCGCAUCCUCUUCGCGCAGUCGGAACCCCUGGUCCCUCCCGCCAACCUCUUGGCCAACCCCGACACCGCCCUGGCCAUGGCUCCCUUUGGCAGCACCGUCCCCUUCUUCCCCAAAAAAUCCCCCCUGAUGUUCCAGAGGGACGACACUCUGUUCCCCUCCUUCAUGGAGAGGGUGGAUCCAGACAGGUACUUCCUCUCCAACUUCCGGAGGGACGACCUGCUGCGGCACACCGUGGAGGGCUCGGCCAUGCGGAUGUACAAGAAGGUGGAGAUGGAGAAUUCCCAGCUGGAUCCUGUCAGGGGGUUCCUCCGCUCCAAGCAGCUGGAGCUGGAUGCUUUCAAGAGGCACAGUUUUGCAGAAGGAACGUUUGAGAACUUCGCCUCCUCCAAACAGUUCGCCAGGCAGAUGUUCAUGAACAACAUGGAUGAGUUUAAAAUCCAGUCCAGUCACUUCCAGAAGGACCAGUUCUACCAGUACCAGUUUGAGCAUCCCCACCUCCCCGGCAGACCUCACGGACUCUUCGAUAGGAUCCGAGGUGGGAGGCCAGGGUUCAACGAACUGGAAGGUUAUGGAGAGGAACCCAGGUACCCUGAGCUGGAAUCAGGUUUUGGACAGGAGGGGUUCCCCCUCAGGCUGGAUUAUGUCCCUUCCAACUCCUCCAGGGAAGUGAGACACGGCUCGGAUCAGCUGAACCCCGCGGGCAACGGCCCCAUGGGGAUGAUGCUGAGGAGGCAGAACAUAGGACAGAAAUUUAUUUGCCAGACUUCUCCCACCCAGAAGCAAAGCUUGGAACAACGCCUGUUCCUGCAGGACAAAGAUGAGGAGCAGGAGGAGGACAAGAGCACCCAGGAGAACAGAACGGGGCUGCGGAACUGGAGGAUCUCCUCCUACCUCAGCGCCUACCAGUCGGAGCCAGAGGAAGGGCUUCCCAUGCCCAUGGAAUCCGAGGCCUACAACGAUGUCCUGGGGGACCCCCUCACCAAGCACCCCACCGACCUCCUCCCAGCCUUCAAAUCCCCCAUUUCUUUCAGCAGCAAGGCGCUGGGAAUGGAAAGUGCCAAGGAGUUUGCAGAUCCUGAGAGAGCAGGUGAGGAAGCCCCCAUCACCAAGCAGGACGCUUUUCGGUCCAGGAUAAAUCCUUUGAUCCAGAGGAGCUCCAGGCUCAGGUCCUCUCUGAUUUUCAGUGCUGCCAAGCUGGAUCAGCCCAACAGCACCAUGGAAAAGGUUCAGGUCUUCCAAAAAGAACAAACCUCCAGUGAGGUGACAAAAGACAACGAAACCAUAAAGACAGCUGCCUCUUCCAAAGUGGCAGAACUCCUGGAGAAGUACAAAGCCGUGGGCAAGGACACGGAGAGGGUCACCCACACCAAGGCUGUUUCCAGUUACCUGCAGGAAGAAUCACAGAAUGCAGAGAAGAAAUGUACCAAAUCCGUGCAAUAUAAGAUCCUGGAGAGCAGGGUCCUGGACUCCAAAGACUCCUGCAGCACUUACAAAAUGCAUGGAGAGGUUGACAGAGCCUUUGGAAUGGCCUCACCAACCCCCCAGCUCGGCGACUCCUUGAGUAAAGAUCCCCUGGCUCAGUUUAGCAGCAAGAUGGACAAAUUAUCCUCUCGGUUUUACCCCAUGGAGAGCAAACCUGCUCUUCCAGAGAAGGAGAGUCUCAUAUAUGUGGGAGACACGCAGAAACUGAACCUUCCUGAGAAGAAGGAAAGGGUGACAUUCAAAGAAGACGCUCAGAAACUCCUCAGUACGGAGCUGAAGAAACCACAGAUCAGGACCAGCACCACAUCAGCUCUGGAAAACUUAUCAAGAAGUCCAGGGUCUGACAGCUCUCUCGGUAAAUCCGAGGAGGACUGUUCAAAACAGGACCAGAAUCCCAUGGAAUUUUUAAGGAAAGGGUCGCUACGGCUGAAGCAGCUUUUGAACCCAAAAGGGGACAAGAAAUUAGAGGAGGAACUCGGCCCUGAGAGUGGGAAAUCUGAGAAGCAGACCAUGGUCCUCAAACGCUCGUCCAUAGGGGACAGUCAGGAGAUGAUGGAGGAAGAGAAAAGCCAUAAAUUCACGAGCCCACUGCCUCCCAAGAGCAGUCAGCCAGCACAGGGGAGGUUCCCUUCAUCCACAGCCAACAUCCUCUACAGCAGCAACCUCCGGGAUGACACCAAGGUGAUUCUGGAGCAGAUCUCUGCCAACAGUCAGAAGAACAGAGCUGACCUGGCCAAGCAGCUGCCAUCCACCAGUAACCCCGACCUCUCAAAGUCAACCACCAGCUUGGAGAGGAAAGCAGAGAAGGAGAAGAGCUGCAACAUCCACAGGUCAGAGAGUUUUGGGAGCCAGAAACGGAACCUCCAGCGGCAGCCGUCGGAGGACAGGGACACCCUGCUGAAGAAAAUGGAGAACAUGAGGAAGGAGAAGAGAGUCUACAGCAGGUUUGAGGUCUUCUGCAAAAAGGAUGAACACAUGAGUCAGAGUGAGGAGGAGUAUGACACAGAUGCCAAGGACAAGAAGAUGGGAAAGUUCAUGCCCAAAAUCCUGGGGACCUUCAAGACCAAAAAAUGAUCAUGGAAAUGUUAUUUAAUUCCAUAAAAAUCACUGACUGACAAAGGGGAAGGAGGAAUCAGGGUGUUUAUGAUGGCUCUGAGCACCGUGGGUGAUGCUCUUCAUGGUUAGUGAGUGGAAAGGUGUUCAGCAUUAAACACACCAUUUGCCCAAUAAAGCUCAUGUGGUA